UGUCAGUCAUAUGACGUUAGUGUUUCUGCAGGUGCUUGACGCGGUGGUGUAUUGCGUAAUAGGAGCAGAAAAUACACUUAAAGAUGGCUUCAGCUACAGCUACCUAUGGACAGAAGGAGUCCUCAGACCAGAACUUUGACUACAUGUUCAAGAUCCUCAUCAUUGGAAACAGCAGCGUGGGCAAGACCAGCUUCCUGUUCCGCUACGCAGACGACUCUUUUACGCCAGCCUUCGUCAGCACGGUGGGCAUUGACUUCAAGGUGAAGACCAUCUACAGGAACGACAAGAGGAUCAAGUUACAGAUCUGGGAUACGGCAGGGCAGGAGAGGUAUAGGACUAUCACCACGGCUUACUACCGCGGUGCCAUGGGCUUCAUCCUCAUGUAUGACAUCACCAAUGAGGAGUCCUUUAAUGCUGUGCAGGACUGGGCGACCCAGAUUAAGACGUACUCGUGGGACAACGCCCAGGUCCUGCUAGUAGGCAACAAGUGUGACAUGGAGGACGAGAGGGUGGUGGCAGGAGACAGGGGCAGGCAGCUUUCUGAACACAUGGGGUUCGAGUUCUUUGAGGCCAGUGCCAAAGAUAACAUCAAUGUGAAACAGACGUUCGAGCGGCUGGUGGACAUAAUCUGCGAAAAGAUGUCUGAGAGCUUGGAUGCCGCUGACCCGGCAGUUACAGGGGCUAAACAGGGGCCCCAGCUCACCGAGCAGCCCGCACCCCCCCAACAGGACUGUGCAUGCUAAAGCUGAGCGACCCCCCCACACACACCAUCAACUCAUCCUCAGGUCCCCUCACACCCCCCUCUUCCCCACAAAUCAAUGAAUCACUCCAUAUGGGUGAAUAGGUGAUGUUCACUCUGUUUCUCACAUGAUUCUCGUGUCCUCUGCUUCCUUUACUCGGGUCCUCACUGGUCUUAAAUUCUCUAUCCAGAGUCUGCCCCAAAUCUUCAUCAUUGUUUACCUUAUUUUCUCAGACUAAUGGUUUUCUGAUAAAAGCCUUUGUUGGAGACGGAUGGAAUUCCAUAUUAAAGUAUGUGUUGUCAUAAAGAGGUCAAUACUUUGGAAACAGAGAUAUUGAAGCCGAGUGCAUAUAUACUGUCUAAAUCCCCUGUCUGUGUGAAAUACAAGAAAACAUAUAUUGGAUUGCAUCAGUCACUGGUAUAACAUCAUUUCCUGUCUCAAAUUUUUUGUCCAAUCAGCCUUUU